UUUUUAUUUUUUAGUUCUCAAAAAAAGAAAAAGAAACGCCAUGUAAAUCAUUAGCCCAAUACCCGUGGGCCUCGUCUGGCACUCUGCGCUUUCAAACGCUUCCUCCUUCCUGGUUGGUGCGACUGAGCUCUGCUCUCACACACACACACUCAGGACUCAACAACAUUUCAUUUGUAUUUUUUUUUGGUCAAUAAUUUCAUUUGCAGUGACAAAGCACACAAAAAUGUCAACCACCUCUCGCUCACUGUACCGCGCACUACGCCUGCGAUCCUUCUCCACAAGCACAAAGCCAACUCAUCACAACAGCCACCAGCAGAACCACCAGUACACGGAACCGAAUUCCUUCAUUGGGUGCUGGGAUGCCCCCAAGGACCCCAAGGAGGCUGAGGCCAAGCUUGCGCAGCUCCGCCGAGACUACGCCAAGCAGGUCAAGGAGGUCCGCAAGGAGUAUAUCAAGGAGGUCGAGCUCAUGAGGCUCGAGAAACUUCGCAAGGACGAGGCUCGUAAAGAAGCCCUUAGGCUCCAGAACGAGGAGCGCAAGAGGCUCAAGGCAGAGGCUGCAAAGGUCCGCGCCCAGCAGCGUGAGGUUGCCGAGCAGGAGUUCCGGCAAACGCUGUUGAAAGAAAGAGCAGAGAAGCUUGAGAAUUGGAAGAUGAAGGAAAAACAGAAAGAAGAGAUGAAAAAAGAUGAGAAAGAACUGCUGCGGCGUAAGAGUUCCAUGUGGAUCGAUGAACAAGAGCUGGAAAAGAAGAUUUUAGAAGCCAUCGUCGAUACCACACCCCUUUGAGUCUAUUUCACUUCUAAAUAGGCCAAGUGGUGCUAUCCUGUAGUUUCACCGGAUAGACAAGAUAACCGAGACUUAGUAUGUUUUGUACCGAGUCCUCAUUUUUAACAAAAUUUGUACACCUUUUUCAACUGAA